UACUUCUCGGCGUACCGGGGCUUUGUUCGUACAGGGCCUAAUAUCAAUUAUUACAGAAAUACUUAAAAUUCGAACUCGAAAUUUCAAGCUUCACUUACAUCAUACCAGCACUAAGUACCUAAGUAAACUAUGAAUUCCUACAUUCUCUUCUGUUUACGUCCCAUAUUUUAUGAAUUAAGAUCUAGCUAGAUAACUAUCUUCUUCUUCUUCACAAAACUUGAAGAACCCCCUCCUGGAUCGGAUUAAUGAAUCUCUUAGCCUGUUGACGUCGCCAUCGAGGCCUUGGACACAUGUCCCUCUCAAACAGCGUCAUUCGAGCGCAGUCUAACGCCGUGAGCUCCAGAGCCACCCUGCGCAUUCUCCCACCUGUUGCCUAUGCCGCUUCCUCGCCGGCGACACAUCCUAUAAUUCCGACAAUAGCCUAUAAGAAGCCUUCCUCUCUGGCUCAUUUAUCAUCCCAUCAUAAUUUGUCGCCAAUAUGGUUCAAUUCCUCUACCCCACGUUCAAAUGUCCCAUAUUCCGACGACAACUCGAGGGGCCCCGAAGAUGAGCGAAAAGUAAAGCUUGGGAAGACUUUGCGCAUUCUCCAAGAGCGGCUCCCAACCCUACUGCAGUCUCAGCUCCCGCAGGAGAUUCUAUCACCCCAUAUCUCGCUUCACUUGUUCCCCACGACACAUCCAUAUCUGCCCACGGUGUCUGGCAGAGUUGCCUACAUAGCCGCUCUAUGGACAUCCCCGCUGGCAUGGAACCGAGUCCCCAUCAUUGGAAACGUAAAGCUGGAGAUAUUGUCGGAGCGAAUGGUCAGCCCGCCGUACUACUCCUCGCCCAAGCGAUCCGAGGCCUACGGGGAGCAAUUGGUCGUCAAAUGGAGGACAGCCGAUGGCAAACCUAAGAACUCGGCCGAGCCUAUGAUAGAAGAGGGGGAGCAGAAGCUAGACGACAUGCUCCGAGGCACGCAAAGCAUCGGCGAGAAAAAGGCAUUCACAGGCUUAUUCAUCUUCGAGUUCGAUAAGGAAGGGCGGAUCAUAAGCCAUACAAUUGAGCACGUGGAUGAGCACGGGGAAUGGGAAAAGGGGCUCGGCGCAAAAGUCGUCGGCCUGACGGAUUGGCUACUAGGCGGCAUCAAGGGCCGUCCGGACGAUGGCGCUCCUGCGCUGUGUGAAGCUACUACAGACAAGGAGGCAAACGGCGUACGGUAAAAGGCGCCGAUACGAUAGAUGAUUUUGGGCUGCUGAAAGAUCCAGAAUUUGGAGGAAAAAAACGGAACGGUCUCGUGUAGACAUGUAUGUAUUAUAGGACACCAUAGAUGAUAUUCUGGUAGAAUUCCAGUCACCACUCAAUCCGAGUAGGCAAUGUAUACAUGUACGAUAAGCAAAU